AUGGUUUAUUCGUUGGUGAAAAUAUUUUUUGGCUAUUCGCUGGCAAUUGGAAUUACUUCGCAAAAACUGGUCAACCAUGAGUUCCAGAGUACAUUUUUCACCCAGGCCUAUGUCAUGGUUGCGAAUGUCGUUACGCUUACCAUUCUGCCCAUAGUUAUGUUGAGAGUUCGUUUGGAUUUUCAGGCGAAAAUGCACUUUCCGAAUCUCAUUUUGAUUACCUAUAAUGUUAGGUAUGUGGUGUCCUAUUUGGUCGUUCUAUAUACGGUCCUGUCGCGAGGAUUUCGGGAUACAGCGUUUAAGGAAGUGCAACCUUUGCUACGAAAGUUACGUCAAAGGCAGAAUAAAUGUACAAGGAUACGGCGGUCCCUAAUGAUUCUAAUUUAUCUAAAGUUCUUCACCGUAUUCUGGUUGUGUAUCACCGAAACCAUAUUUAUGUUUUAUACAACCGAUACGAUUAACUUGAAUAAUAUUGCAAAAUUUUUAUUCUUGAGUAAUAAUCUUAAUAUUCUGGAAACGGUGCCAAUGGGUUAUUUCCUUGCCUUGUGGCACGUUGCUCGAGGAUUUGAUUAUGUCAAUCAACGCUUGGAUGAAAUAAUAACGUCAUCAUCCCCCAGGAAAUUGAAGGAGGUGGAAGAACUCUGGUUACUUCAUGCUGGUCUCACCAAAACAUCACUUAAAAUAAAUAGGAUCUAUGGUCCGCAGAUGUUGGCAUCUCGUUUAAAUUUUUUUACAAUCGGCGUAGUCCAAGCUUAUUGGGGAGCGUUUUUCACCUUCGGAGUGUCCACCCCCGUUUUUUGGAUAGUAUUGGGAUUUAUUGGAUAUUAUAUUCGUGCUUUGGACAAUUAUCUCAUCGACAACAUGUGCGAUUUGGUGAUGGAGUAUCAGAGUUCGGCUAAGCACGCAUGGAGUGAAAAGCGCUGGACAAAAGAGAUAAGUGGAUAUGUGACCUAUGCCAGCAGUUUGAAGUUACAACUCAGGACUUGUGGGCUUUUUCAACCGAAUCGAAGUCUUUGGUUUAGCACGAUCAGCAGUGUGUUUUACUAUAUUUUAAUGCUAUUGCAGUUUCAUAUGGUUAUGGGAAAGUAA